GCCUCCACCUCCCUCCCUGAUAGAAGAGAGAAAGAAAAGAAGAUUCUAGAAGUCACCAGAGAGAUCACUGAGCUGCUGACAGGAGAGGUUCCUAUAAGGUGUCAGGGUGUCACUGUCUAUUUCUCCAUGGAGGAGUGGGAGUAUUUAGAAGGACACAAGGAUCUCUACAAGGACGUCAUGAUGGACAAUCAGCCGCCCCUCACAUCACCGGAUGGAUCCAGUCAUGGGAACCCACCAGAGAGAUGUCCCCGUCCUCUGUAUUCCCGGGAUUCCACACAGGAAGGUCACACCAUCCCUCACCAUCAUCAGAGUGGAAACCUGAGAGAUCCUAAAGUUGAGGUUAAAGAAGAGAGAUAAAAAGGAGGAGGAUGAGGAUGGGGUGAUGGAGGAAUCUGUACCAGGACCCCAUGGUGGAGUCAUCCAGCUACAGGAACCCACCAGAGAGAUGUCCCCGUCCUCUGUAUUCCCGGGAUUCCACACAGGAAGGUCACACCAUCCCUCACUAUUACAAGGUUGUAGAAUUUGAGGUGAAAGCAGAAGAAGAAGAGGCGUAUGUGAGGGAUGAUCAGCAGUCUAUGGAGGAGGAUGGAAUAACGGGGACAUUUAUAGAGGAGGACACUCCUACAGAGAUCAGCACAGGUGGGUCAUGAACACUAAAUCCAUUCCUCCACCCAUACUGCUCACUGAUUGGUCCAGAGUAGGGCGGGGACUGGGUGAUAUCAGCCUGUA